CCUAAUUAAAAUUUGACGAAUAUGUUAACUAACAUUCAUAAAAGAGCUUUUUCAAAGACUUAUAGUAUCUUUGGGGCAGGGGCUUCUGGCCUCUGGACAGCACUCAGACUUAGUGAAGGUGCAGCUGCUGCAGCUGGGAAUGCUGCCCACCUCCCUAAACCUGGCGAUACAAUUGAUAUUUAUGAUCCCACAAGAUACGCAUUCAGCGAAGCCUUGGAACAAGAAUAUAGAAAAGGAGAUAGAGUUCCAGGAGGAAGAAUUAAUACUUACUUCUAUGGUCAGAAGGGCGACAAUGCAAACUGGGCUGAUUACAAGAACAACACUCAUGCUGAAAUGGGCGGUAUGAGAUACUUAGAGUAUAACUAUGAUGGACAGGAUUCGGGUCAUAGGCUAGUGACUCAGCUGAUCAAUAACUAUGACCUAAAAGGGGAUAUUUUCGAAACAACUUCUAAGCCAUUGAAGUAUAUCAAUGGGAAGCAUCAAUGGGUCGGAUAUGACACCGAACAAGGAGCUUAUUGGAAUAAUGCUUAUCAAAAUAUCUUCGUUAGGACUAUCAACAAGUACUUUGAGAAUAAUCCAGAUGAAGCUGUAGAUGGAUACUUGACAAGAAGUAGAAGAGCAAAGUUCUACAAUGAAGCUACCUAUGAUUUCUUAGGAAGUGACGGCCGUGAACAAGUCUGGGAAGAUGGAACUAAGCUAAAGAAUAUCGGCUUCUGGAAUAUGGUAGUUGCUGAGCCCAACAUUGGAGGGGUUGGAUACGACUACUUAUUGAAGACUGCUGGAUACAACUCCACUUUGAUCAACCUUAGCGCUGCUUCGGCUAUAAUUCAAAACAAUGAAUUUGUUCCUGGAGGCCCAACAUAUCAUUCAAUUAAAGGAGGAUUUUCUAUUUUGUUUGAUAAGAUGUUUAAAACCAUCGAAGAAAAUUGUAUUGCUAAUGGAAUUAACUUCAACUAUCAUUCAGGAAAGAAGGUUACCUCGGUGUAUGCUCAAAAGGCUAAAGAUGGUACUUCUACAAAAGUUGGUUUUACUCUUGGAGAACACGGAAACUCUUGGAUUCCAUCUGGGGGAGAGCACAGCUCUGAUCAUGCAUUCUUAUGUAUGCCUCGUCAUUCAUUAGAAAAGAUUGCAUCUACGACGAUUGAUGAUAGCAACACUUUGGAAAGAUAUUAUAUCCUCAAUGACGACGAAGUUCAGUUGAGACUCAAGUCGGUUGGACCUCAGCCAUCUUUCAAGAUUGGAGCAUACUUUGAUGAGCCUUGGUAUGAAAAUAUCAGAGGCAACAACGAUCCAAACCUGAAGUUGGAUAUUAUUCCUAAUAAACAGCCAGGUCCAACCAUCACAGAUUUACCUCUAAGACAGACUUACUACUUUGGCGAUAAUGCAUUGCCUGGAGGCCAGAAAAGAUAUGCAAUGCUUCUUAGCUAUGAUGACAUGGUUAACCCCUACUUCUGGCAUCAGCUCAGAUUCACUAAGGACAGAGAGGUGACUGGACAUGGAGAUGAUCUUGGAAGCCAUGGAUGCCAAUACAUUGACUGUGAAAAUAAUCCAGCUUAUAAGAAAAUGCUGAGAAAUCUCAUAGCUGAGUUACAUGGAAUAGACAUGAGCGAGGUUCCAGAUCCAUGUGAAACUGUAGUUAUGGACUGGUCUGUUGAUCCAUUCGGUGGUGGCUACCAUGGGUGGAAACCUCAUUUCGAUAUAGUGGAAGUUCAGGAAGGAAUCAGAAAGCCUUCUGGAUUUAUUAAGGACAAGAACUACACAGAAAAUUUCCAGGAUGCCCCAAUUUACAUUGCAGGAGAAGCUUACUCUGAAGAUCAAGGAUGGGUUGAAGGAGCCUUCUGUACUGCCGAAUCAAUCUUGGCAGAUUACUUGGGUGUCAAGCCAAUCGCUGGUCUGGACUAUGAAAACUAUCCUUUAGUAAUGAAGAAAAAUAUCUAAAUUACUCAGAUAGAUAUGUAUCUCCAUACUUGCUAAUUACUUGAGAAUCUUAUU